GCCAGGGCAUCGUUAGCAUCUACGGAAGUAGAUCGCGGAGGGCGCGGGUGGGCCUCGUCGGAGUGUUGGGAUUUGAGCUGCGGUUCUCGAACCCAGUAUCUCGAAAUGCAUCGUGACUCCUGUCCAUUAGAUUGUAAGGUGUAUGUAGGUAAUCUUGGAAACAAUGGGAACAAGACUGAAUUAGAAAGAGCAUUUGGCUAUUAUGGACCGCUCCGAAGUGUGUGGGUUGCUCGAAACCCUCCUGGCUUUGCUUUCGUUGAAUUUGAGGAUCCCCGAGAUGCUGCUGACGCUGUCCGAGAGCUAGAUGGAAGAACACUAUGUGGCUGCCGAGUAAGAGUGGAGCUGUCCAACGGUGAGAAAAGAAGUCGGAAUCGUGGCCCCCCUCCCUCUUGGGGUCGUCGCCCUCGAGAUGAUUACCGUAGGAGGAGUCCUCCACCUCGGCGAAGAUCUCCAAGGAGGAGAAGCUUCUCUCGAAGCCGGAGCAGGUCACUUUCUAGAGAUAGGAGAAGAGAGAGGUCUCUGUCUCAUGAGAGAAACCACAAGCCGUCUCGCUCUUUCUCUAGGUCUCGUAGCCGAUCUAGGUCAAAUGAAAGGAAGUAGAAGACCAGUUUGCAAAAGAAGUGGUGUACAGGAAGUAACUUCAUUUGACAGGAGUAUGUACAGGAAAUUCAAGUUUUGUUUGAGACUUCAUAAGCUUGGUGCAUUUUUAAGAUGUUUUAGCUGUUCAUGUUCCCUUAAGCAAGAUUGAAUUUGCUUUGAACUUUAGUUUUUCAUAGACUGAAAUAAAUCUAGAUCCUGCCCAGUUAAAGUGUGAUGUACUAAUGAUAAACCACUGAUGGAAAUUGAAAAACCUAGUUUCUUUAGUAGCUGGGACACAGUCUGGAGCUGUGGGUGAAAUGAUAAGCAGUCUUUAAAAGCUGCUGUUAACACAAGUUAACAGGGGAAGGGUGGGAACUGUACUCUGAAGAUUUUCAAAGAGGUUCCUCACUGAUUGCUAUCUAUGGAGGAAGCUGUUUGUAACAUUCUUUAUUUGGAAAUGGAAGACUAAGUUACCAGUUGGUUUAAGGGUACAUUGUAGAGCUGAACCUUUGAGUUACUGUGCAAGAUUUUUUUUCAUGCUGUCAUUUGUAAUAUGUUUGUGAGAGUCCUUGGGAUUAAAGUUUUGGUUACAAA